AUGAAAUUAUUCGAGGAUAUUUCAUGUUUUGUACGUUAUUUAUGGACUGUUAUUUUUCAUAAACUCAUGGUUUUUAUCGCUGGUGUACGUAUAAAUAUACGCCUUAAUGGUACUGGAUAUCAAGUUUCUUACAAACGUCUUCUACUUCAUGACAUGUCCAAAUUUAGUAUUGCUGAAUUUUGGCCAUACGCUAUUCAUUUUUGUGGUAAAGCGAAAGAAAAGGAGACUUUCCAUAAGGCAUGGCUUCAUCAUGUAGCUUCCAACGACCAUCACUGGGAACAUUUUAUUCCAAAUUAUUCAGAUAUAUCAAACCAACUGUGGAAUGAACCGCAACUAGCACAGCCACCGAAAGAAAUACCAGACGAUGCACUAAUGGAAAUGAUUGCCGAUAAUAUAGGUGCUACGCGUUCGUAUGAGGGUCAUUGGCCAACGAAAUACAAAUGGACAUGGUUAACAAAUUAUUAUGAUAAAUAUAUUUUACAUCUACAUUCAAGAAUAAAAAUGUCAGCAUUAUUAUGUGCAUUAGGAUACGCUGAUGUACUUCCAUCGCCAUUCGACUGGGAUUCAAUCAACAUUCUACCUGAUCGCAAUACAGUGAAUCGGUUACGUUUAUUAGCAAAAAAAGACGAAUAA